UGUGUGUGCAUAUGUACAUAUCAUAAAUUGCAGCUGCAAGAUGCACAGUGCCCCACUGCCACAGCCUGGUCAUUAGAGACACACCAGCCUGUUUUUUUCUGAAGCUUAAUCACAUCACCCGCGUCAUGACUCUGCCUGUCCCGGUUCCCCGGCCAUCCUACUCCCAGGCACGGGAGACACUAGUCAAAGUCAUCCCGGCAAAAAUCAUCUGCCUGCUGGCCUGCGGCGGGAGGGACUGCCGCUAUGAGGGUCCGGAGUGCUGGAGAGCCAGCCAGCAGGCGAUUCGGGGGCUCUUCUCCUCGUGGAUCACCGAAAACAUCGUGGCGAUGUCACGACCUUCUACACAGCUCAUCCAAACGUACAACAUCAUCGAGCAGUUCCACAAGGUGAACAUCAGGUCCAUCAUAAACAUGCAGCUGCGUGGAGAGCAUGCUCACUGCGGCCCCCCCUUGGAUCCCGACUCUGGAUUCUCCUACUCCCCGCAGAUCUUCAUGGAGAAUGGCAUCUCCUUCUAUAACUUUGGCAUGCCGGACUUCAGUGUGGCGUCGCUGCCCAGGAUGCUGGAUGCUGUGAAAGUGCUAGCAUUCGCAGUGCAGCAGGGGAGAGUCGCCGUGCACUGUCAUGCAGGCCUGGGCCGCACUGGUGUGCUGAUCGCCUGCUACCUGAUCUACGAGCUGCGCGUCACCCCCAGCGAGGCGGUGCACUACGUACGGCUCAGGAGGCCACGCUCUGUACAGACACGCGCCCAGAUCCAUAUGGUCUUCAGCUUCGCUCGUCUGCUGGCCACGCAGCUGGCGCUGUACCCGGACCUAAGUCGUAGGCACCGCGCCCCCUUCAGCUUGCAGCAACACCUGCAGCGGCAGGUCCUCCUGCUCCAUGGCGAGGAGGCACGUCGCCUGAAGAACGUGCCCAAGGUGGUGGACUUCCUCUGCAGGAGGUUGGUGGCCCUGGCCUGGGGCCAAGAGUGCUCUCGCGGCUGGAAGGCGGAGGUGGCGAGGCGGGCAGCUGUGCUGGAGCUGACGAAGGUGGUGAGAGACACUCUGCUCAGGACCGACUUCCCGAUCCAUCUCAGGGAUCCUACGGCAUGGAAGCCCUUUAUCUGUACAGGGUCUUCCUGGGACGAGAAAGACAGCUUCCUGGAGUGGAAGAGGGAGGUGGUCCUAAACAAGAGGAGUUAUAGUGAAUCUGACCUAAGCAAGGUCUCCAUCUAUGAGGAUCUAGACUUUGAGCAGUACCCUACUCUGCCAGAAGGGGGCACCACAGGGGAGUUGAAACUGAGUGGUGAAGCACCUGGAGGCUUGGAUCUGAGUGGCCCUAGAAUGCAGCACUGUAACGGCUGGUCAAACACGGAUGGGGGUCUCUGCCUGAAACAUCAAGCUUUAUGCUGCCCUGGCAGUGCAGUGAGGUCUAAAUUCAAUCCCAAGACGGUGCCAGUGCUGGCUAAGUGCAUGUCAAGCUCAGAGCUACUGGACACUAAUUUCUCCCACCUGGUGUCCACGUGUGGGGUCAUCGCCAUGGCAAUGGCAGAGCAAGAUCCCCCUGGGGAUGCAACCUUGCGGAAGUCCGCUGCACUGCAGGAGGAGCUAAAUGGGAGCGAGUGUGGCUGGGCGGCACUUGCCACAGAAAUGGACCCUGGCGUCCUCAGCUGUCUGCUCUGGACCUGGCUGGAGAAGCUACAGGAACCAGUUUUGGACGGGAAGGAUGUGGACCAGCUAAACAGCCCUCCUGGCCUCAAAAAGUUGCACAAGGUGAGGCUUCUCAGAAAGGUCUGUCUUGUAAUGCUUGAAUCGCUUCUCUACAACAGGAUGUUGGGGGCGGAAGAACAGGGUUUGGGAUUAAAUGGUGCAGCGUUGUCCUCUCUGCAGUGUCAGGAACAAACCAUCUCCUGUCUUCUCCGCUGCAUCAGUCAGGUGACCAGCCUCUGUCCAGAGCUCGAGGACUGCGUCCUGAGGCGUCUAGUCCGAGCCCUGACCAGGUGCUCCGUAGAUAACCUGGCAGGGUACGAUGCAGUGACACACCUCUUCAGGGACACUGUCCGCGGAAUACGACACCGCGACCUGGUCACGGGAGCAGUGGCCCAGAUCGCUAAGAAGAGUAGAUGCAGAAAUCAGCAACACAUCACUGUGCGCCUGCGAUGCCCAGAAGAUCCCCAGGUCUGACGUCGUAGGACUUUCCGGGAGGAUCUGUGACCUGUGAUGUUCCUUUCGAGGGUAACAUCAUCCAUAUGGUGCUGUUCACCUUCUGUAACAUGAUGUUCUUGUGUGCAGAGUGUGAGGGUCAUGACCGCAUGAGCAUAAACACAUGAACAUGUGAACUUUGAUCGUUAUGUUAGGCCCUGGAAAUUUUUAACAUACACAUGAUGCACUCUUGGGACAGGGCUGAGCAGUCUGUCAGGAAUAAAUACUGUAUAUUAAAGUUGUUUUGUGUACAUAAUGCAUAAUGCAACAUUGCUCUUAAUUGGCUGAAUUACUCCAAGCAUAUUUUAUACGUGAAGUCAAAUAAAAUUAAAGACGAAUAAAGUCUGCCCCCCCCCCCCCCCAGGCUAAAACCAGUCAUUUUCUGCAGUG